AUGCCCGUCAUAGCUACUGGAUUUCCAGGUGUGAUUGGCUGCAUCGAUUGCUCCCACAUUGCAAUUGUGAGACCAUCAAUCAAUGAAGCAGCAUAUUUUAACCACAAUCGUUUUCAUUCUAUCAAUGUACAAGUGGCCCAUUGCAUCUCCCGCAACUGUGUUGAGCGUUUAUUUGGAGUCAUGAAGACAGAAUGGCGGUGUCUUCUGAAGGACCGUGUUCUACAUUACUGCCCUUUGACAGCAGGGACGGGCAACCCGACCUAG